AAACCCAGCAAAUAUCAUGUCAGAGAAAAAUAACCGUAAGAACUCCUCUACAAAUAACAACCAGACUCAAGACCGGUCUAGAAAUGAGCUGCGGGUCCCUAUGAGCUUCGUGGACCGAGUUGUGCAAGAUGAACAAGAUGCCCAAAGCCAGAGUUCCUCCACAAUAAAUAUCCUCCUUACCCUGCUCGAUUGCCUUGCUGACUACAUCAUGGAGCAGGUAGGCUUGGAGGUCAUCAACAAUGGCAGAAUGCGCAACACUUCACAAGAUGGGGAGAGAGAAGUGGACAACCACCAUGAGCCCCACCGCACUGAGAGUGAUGGAACCCGCUUUGUGUUUGAUGAGAUGCCCAAAUCCGGAAAGAAGGACUGAAGACUGGGUCCCAGAGCCUUGAGGGGAUCCUCACAGGCUUAGCCAGGGCAAAAAUGUGUCACAGCUGAGGAAUAUCUGCUGUUGUCAUCAACAAGUGCUACUAAAGGAUGUAAAUCCAUGAGUA